AUGCAAGUGGAAUGGCUCCACGUGCUAGGAUUGCUGUUUACAAAGCUCUAUACCGGCUUUUCGGAGGCUUUGUUGCUGAUGUAGUUGCUGCAAUUGAUCAGGCUGUUCAUGAUGGUGUUGAUAUCCUGAGCCUCUCCGUAGGUCCCAACAGUCCUCCAACAACUACCAAGACAACGUUCUUGAAUCCAUUCGAUGCUACACUUCUUGGAGCUGUAAAAGCUGGCGUCUUCGUUGCUCAAGCUGCUGGAAACGGAGGUCCAUUUCCAAAGACUUUGGUUUCUUAUAGCCCUUGGAUAAUGACCGUCGCAGCUGCUAUUGAUGACCGUAGAUACAAGAAUCAUCUCACCCUUGGAAAUGGAAAAAAUGCUGGCAGGAAUGGGAUUAUCACCAUCAACACGGCCUCACAAGAUGUACACUUUGGUUUCUGCAAAUGAUGUUCUGCUUGACUCGUCUGUUUCCAAGUAUAAUCCAUCUGAUUGUCAAAGACCAGAAGUCUUUAACAAGAAACUGGUUGAAGGAAAGAUUCUUCUCUGUGGAUAUUCUUUCAACUUCGUUGUUGGUACAGCUUCCAUCAAGAAAGUUGUUGCAACAGUGAAGCAUCUCGGAGCUGCUGGUUUUGUUCUUGUUGUC